AAAAAAAAAAAAAAACGAAAUUCGCGAGGAACGAGAGAGGAGUCGGAAAGAACGAGGAACGACGAUUUGACCGGUUAAAGGGUUGAAAUUUUUUAUGAAAAAAGUCGUGUUUCUGUUCUCUCUUUUUGGCGAUAGCACACGGAAUUAGAAUUUUUUUGCUAAAAUAGAAAUUGGACUUUGCGUUGAGAUAAAUCGAUAAAUUUCGUUUAACUAGACAAGGCUAAUUUGACGUUUUACUGUUAACGUUAAAAUCCUGGAGUCGUUUAACGAAAAUGCCGCCUCAAGAAAAAUUCGAAUCUCCAGUCCCGGGCUGCCAACCCGACGAAAACAAGGGCUGCCCCACCUUAACGACCAGCUCCUGCACCACAAGGGUUUCUACUAUUUGUCAAAACGCCCAGAUCACAACGCCAGUUUGCGGUCCAGUUAACAGGGACAGUAGAGAUAAUAAGGAUGUGGAUUUUGAUGAGUUGUUACCCUAUAUUGGAGAAUUUGGACUUUAUCAGAAGAUCCUUUUCAUCCUUAUGAUACCAUUUGCAUUCUUCGUUGCCUGGGUAUACUUCACCCAGAUAUUUAUCACUCUUGUUCCUGAAGAACAUUGGUGUCGAGUACCUGAAUUGGCCAACCUGACAGUGGAGCAGAGAAUAGCACUGUCAAUCCCGCCACCGUCACCCGAGAGCGAAAGUUCAUUGACCUACUCACAAUGCUCGAUGUAUGCUGUCAAUUAUACAGAACUGUUGGCAAAUGGAACAACAAUAGCUGAUCCUUCCUGGCCUGUACAAUACUGUCAAUAUGGGUGGGAGUUCAAUUUCACCGAUAUUCCUUAUCCCACCGUAGCGACUGAGCUAGAAUGGGUCUGCGAUAACGCAGCUCUGCCAACCUUGGCCCAGAGCGUCUUCUUCGUUGGCGCUAUUUUUGGCGGACUCAUCUUCGGAUGGAUAGCUGAUCGUUAUGGAAGAAUUCCGGCGCUGGUUGGCACUAACAUGGCUGGCUUCUUGGCUGGAAUUGCUACUGUGUUUUCUACAAGCUUCUGGCAAUUUGCUCUUUGCCGAUUUCUAGUUGGUCUUGCCUUUGACAAUUGCUUCACCAUGAUGUACAUUCUAGUCUUGGAGUACGUGGGACCAAAAUGGCGUACCUUUGUGGCGAAUAUGUCCAUUGCUCUUUUUUUCACUUUCGCUUCCUGCGUUCUGCCCUGGGUAGCUUAUUUCCUAGCUGACUGGAGGAUGACCUGCAUCGCCACCUCGGUUCCUUUAGUCUUGGCUAUUGCGACACCUUGGCUAGUUCCUGAAAGUGCCAGGUGGCUCGUUAGCCAAGGUAAAGUCGACAGGGCUAUCGAGAUCCUGAAGAAAUUCGAGCGCAUAAAUCGCACCAAGGUCCCUGACAGCGUCUACAAGGAAUUCAAAGAUACCUGCGCCAGAGCUCAAAAGGAAGAAGAAGCAGGCAAAUCGUAUUCCGUUUUGGACCUUUUCAAAACUCCACGUUUACGAAAUAUCACUGUUCUCCUCAUAGUCAUAUGGAUGGCCAUAUCCUUGGUAUUCGACGGGCACGUCAGAAACGUCGAUAACCUAGGCCUGGACGUUUUCAUAACAUUCACAAUAGCCUCCGCCACUGAACUUCCGGCAGAUACCUUCCUUACAGCUGUCCUAGACAGAUGGGGCAGAAGAUGGUUAGCUUGCGGUUCCAUGGUUCUCUCAGGUAUCUUCAGUAUCUGGGCCUGUGCAGUAUCAAACCAUGUCUACGCAGCAACCUUGGCUAUCAUGGGUCGUUUCUGCGUGAACAUCUCCUACAACAUAGGAUUACAAUACGCUGCCGAACUACUCCCGACCGUAGUUCGUGCUCAGGGUGUCGCCCUGAUCCACAUAAUGGGUUACGUAGCAAGCAUAGUAGCCCCCUUCGUAGUUUACAUAGCUGUGGUGUCUCCAAUCUUGCCUCUCCUAAUUCUGGGAAUUCUGGGUAUCAUCGGAGGAUGCCUGGCGCUCUUCCUACCAGAAACCCUGGGCCAGGAUCUGCCACAGACUCUGCAGGAUGGCGAAGAGUUUGGCAAGGAUCAGGGUAUCUGGGACGUGCCAUGUCUCAUGAAGAAUGCCAACGUGGACGAAGAGACCCCGCCGCUGCCUAUGACCAGGUCCUUCACCCGUGGAAGCUUGAGGGCCUCCAUGAGAGCUUCUCUUCGUGGCGAGACUAUGAUAAGCAGUGCGAUCCAAAGGUCUAGCGUGAGGUCGCGCAAGAGUCUCUCCAAUCCCUUAGAAGGGGUGAGGCUGUGAUUAUGAUUUCUAUAUUUAAGCGGGCCCUGUUUAUUUAUACAGCCAAACCUACCCACCCUUGUGACUAUUAUUAACAUUGUUACUCAAUCUUAUUAUUGUUUAAUCCAAAGUGCGAUAUCAGGACUCGAAUUCCAUUAGCGACUACGUCCCGCCGAUAAUUGUCUUCGGCUGUCAGAAGAAGACUAGGCGCAGGACGCAAAUGAUCAUGGCUGAGAGUACCUAAAUUUUAAUUAAUUUAUAUAUAAAUAUUUAUGUGGAUAUUAUACGUAAAUCAUAGUGGAGUCUACCUAGCGAUCAGGCAUCAGACGAAUAACAUGGUGAGAAAUCUACAUGCUUAUACAUAUAUGUAUAAUGUAUCAUAUAAGAGACUGCCUGAGGAAAGAUUCGAAUUAGGCUCACUGUGAUCGCCAUUACUGGACUCGGUCGAGUACAUGAACCGUUAUGAUGUACGAUUAGUCCAGGUCCGUCUUGUAAACACAUAAGUGAUCGUAGAAGGAAGCCUCCGGCGAAAUUAGUAAGAAUUUUUUUUUUCUCCAAGGCCAAAGGAAAUUUCUGUUCCGCAAAGAUGAAUCUCGCGUUUCUUCCCAGGCAUUCGCGUUACUAUUAUUUGAUUUUGUUGUUGCGAUUAUACUUUUUGUAUAUAGUCUCUUUUUGUAUAGUACGAUGUAAUAAAAACGAAAUCAAUCGAGCGUCCCGACAGUCGUGAUAAAACGAGA